AUGAGUUCCAAAGACAGUGAUGCAGCAUUUGUAAGUGACCUGGGUUGGCUGGAGUGCCACUUCACUUGGGACUUUCGGAAAGAGGAUACUGAUCUCAACCUCCUUGCAAUUAAAUUCAGUGAAAAUCUAUCUGUUCUUGACAAAUGCAAGAAGAAUUUAAGGAGGCAGGCUUUUAAUUUCCUAGCCUACAUCAAAUACCUCCAAGGGUCCAGUGAAAAAGCUCUUGAGUAUCUGGAAUCGGCUGAGGAGGAAAACAUGGCUAAUAAGAAGGAGUGCAUUGUAACCUACGGCAACAUGGCCUGGGUCCACUAUAACAUGGGCAAAGAUGAUGUAGCCAAAGCAUACACUGAGAAAGUGCAGGACAUUUACCAAGCAUUCCCCAUCGAUCCCACUAGAGCUUCACAUCGGGAGGUACAGAGCGAAAAGGCUUGGUCUCUCCUGCAGUUCUCCAAAAAGUAUUAUGGGAGAGCCAAAGAGUGUUUCCAUGAUGCCCUACAGAGAGAGCCAGAGGACAAGGAGUGGAACACAGGUUACGCUUUCUCCCUGUUCCGUCUAGAGGGACUGGAAAUCCGGGAAGACAAACGCGUGCCGUGUGAGAAGUCACCUGCUGUGAUCCAGCUGAAGAAAGCCCUGACGCUAGACCCUGACAAUGCUAUGAUCCACGUUUACCUGGGCCUGAAAUGUCACAGGAACCAGAGGAAUGCAGAGGCGUGGGAACACAUGAGGACAGCUCUCCAAAUGGCUCCUGAAGACCUAAGCGUUGCCCUGCGGGUGGCAAAGUUUAUGAAGAAGGAGGAAUAUUAUGACAUGGCACUGGAUUUGCUGAAAAGGAUGCUCAAGAAAGCACCAAACUCAUCCCGUCUGCACCACGAAAUUGCAAACGACUACCGCUGGAAGGCCAAGCAGCUAAAAGAUGAGCACAACCCACGACUCCUCAGGCUCUGCAUUCAGCACCUAGAGGAGGGUGCUCGCCUCAACCCAGGGUUCAUAUACCCACAGUUGGAGAUGGCGGUGAGGUAUGCAGAGCUAAACAAUACCGCUAAAGCAGAGCUCAAGUUCCAGGAACUGCGGGCCCGACCAAACCUGAGGGACCGCGAUCUUCAAGCCUGGCAUCGAAUGUAUGGAGAUUUCCACCUAUACAGGCUGAGUUCAGAGGGGAUAGCUGUGAAACAUUACAAAGAGGGCAUGAGGUUGCAAAGGGUGUCCACGGAGUGGAGGAGCUGCCGAAACAGACUGUUCAAAAUCCUCCGUUACAGGCGGGAUGACGUGUAUCAGAUCCGGGAGUUCAUUAACUCAUUCAAGCGAGGUGAAUCAGGAGACAGGGCUGUGGAGGAAGCUGAUACUAUUGAGUAA